CCUGAACCCUAAACAAGAAAAAUUCAUUUGAUCUGAGACUGAGAGCGAGUGAGUUCAGAAAUAGGUUGGAGCCAGAAACUUGUUCGUUCGAUCAAUGGCACUUCGCAAUGCAAUUAAGAACAGUGUUCGUCCUUUCUUAACCAACACCAACAACCUUCCUUCACGCAUUUCCAAAUCGUCUCUCUUCGCCGCCACACUCGCUUCUUCCUCUUACUCCUCUCACCUCUCUUUCCAUCAAUCCCGUUCCCUUUCCUCCGCCUCAGCUUCUCCUGGUUUUAUCUCUGUUAAUUCUGAAGAAGAGUUUAAUAAAAUUCUUACCAAGGUUCAAGAUGACUCGUUGAAUGCGGUUCUCUAUUUCACUGCUGUUUGGUGUGGACCUUGCAGGUUCAUAUCUCCUAUAGUUGGGGAGCUCAGUAAGAAGUACCCUAAUGUGACGACCUAUAAGAUUGACAUUGAUCAGGAAGCAAUUCAAGACACGUUGAGCAGGUUGCAGAUUACAUCUGUGCCAACACUUUAUUUCUUCCAAAAUGGGAAAAAGACCGAUGAACUUAUAGGUGCAGAUGUUGCGCGACUAAAUCAUCUUACGGAGAAACUCUUCAAGAAGGACUGAAUCUGAUCUUGAGCUGGGACUACUGAUGGCUGAUUGAGUACAAAAUGAGAAAACUGCAACUGCUUAGACGUUCUUUAGGCGUCACUAGUUUGAUUGCAAAUGGCAUGACCUAAACUUUGAUGUGUUCUUUAUGGCAUUCAUUUGAUAGUAUUUUUAAAUCUCUAUGAGACAAGAUAAAUAAUUUGCAUACUUGUGUAGGACACGGGAUAUUCGUAAUAUGUUAUUUCUUAUGUACAUACGAAAAGAAUACUAUGAAGUUGAAAAAUCUUGAAACCCACA